CGCCCCCUCUCACUCACCAUUCGUGAAUCCUGCCUGGUACACCAACCUCCUCCUCUCCACGCGCGCCAUGGCUCGCGCCACCACCAGCCACCUCCUCAUCUGCCUCUCCGUCGCCGCUCCGCCGCGACAACCGCGUGGGCGCACGGCGGGGGCGGCGGGGACCCGGACCCCGACGCGGGCGCCGGCGACUCCCCGAAGCCCGACCUGCGCGCGCGCGGGCUGGUGGCGGCGAAGCUGUGGUGCCUGGCGGCGGUGUUCGCGGGGACGCUGCUGGGCGGGGUGUCCCCCUACUUCAUGCGCUGGAACGAGGCGUUCCUCGCGCUGGGCACGCAGUUCGCCGGCGGGGUCUUCCUCGGCACCGCACUCAUGCACUUCCUCAGCGACGCCAACGAGACGUUCGGGGACCUGCUCCCGGGCAGCGCCUACCCGUGGGCGUUCAUGCUCGCCUGCGCGGGGUACGUCGUCACCACGCUCGCAGACGUCGUCGUUUCCCACGUCGUCUCCCGGGGGCGCACCGCACCGGGAUCCUCCGCCGGCGGCGCAGAGCUGGAGGAGGGCAAGGUGAGCGCCACAAAUGGCACCAGCUCUGAGCCACAACCAGCUGAGGCACAUGGAUCCGAUCACUCGGUUGCAUCGAUGCUGCACAACGCGAACACCCUGGGCGACAGCAUUCUGCUCAUCGCCGCCCUCUGCUUUCACUCCGUCUUCGAAGGCAUCGCCAUCGGAGUCGCCGAGACGAAGGCUGAUGCGUGGAAGGCGCUGUGGACCAUCAGCCUGCACAAGAUCUUCGCGGCGAUCGCCAUGGGCAUCGCGCUGCUCCGGAUGCUCCCGAACCGGCCCUUCCUCUCCUGCUUCGCCUACGCCUUCGCGUUCGCCAUCUCCAGCCCCAUCGGCGUGGCCAUCGGCAUCGUCAUCGACGCCACCACGCAGGGCCGGGUGGCCGACUGGAUCUUCGCCAUCUCCAUGGGCCUCGCCACGGGCAUCUUCGUCUACGUCUCCAUCAACCACCUCCUCUCCAAGGGUUACAAGCCCCGGAGGCCCGUCGCCGUGGACACGCCGGUCGGGAGGUGGCUCGCCGUGGUGCUGGGCGUGGCCGUCAUCGCCGUCGUCAUGAUAUGGGACACCUGAUGAGAUUGUCCUGCGCAGUUUGGUGGGCGUUUGGUUCCUACAGGAGGAACUUUUGGUAGCUUGUAAGUAAUAUAUGAAGGAAUUUGGGAGAGAAAUUGCUUUGGGAGUUGUGCUUCUGCUCCAAAGGUUAUUCCUCUGGGUAUAGAGACCAACUCGACUACUCGAGGCAAGGCCGUAAAGAUUCGAUAAAACCCCCGUUUCGCCAA